GUACCAAAUAUAUAUGUUAUGCUCCAUAGCGAGAAAACGAAAUAUAUUGGGGCGAGGUGUCCACUUUUGCUUUCGUUUUUAACAAGAAAGGAAAAUUCUGGUACCAAAAACUUUUAACGCCGGUUCUAGCAAAACUGGUAAGCUCGUAAAAAAAGAAAAGAAGAGGAAAGAAAUACAUAAUGGCGGUGGCCUCUGUAGUUUCUUUUGGUUGGUUUCUGUGCACAAGUUAUUGUUGAUAGAUUUGUACAUGUGGGUUUGGCCUCAUUUGUCUACUCUGGAUAUCCUCAAAGUUGUUUCUUGAAGCAAUUGAGCUGCAGAUUGGAGCUUUGCAAAAACUGUGGGGGAGAUGCUUGCUGUCUACCGUUGUGGUGGUUUCUUCAACUGACAGCGAGAUGCUGUUUUCCGUUGCAGCAGUUAUCAGUUGAGUGACAGACAUUGAAGUAUAAGAUCGAGGAACAAAUCUUGAAUUGAAGUUGCCAAGAUGAAGUUCAUGAAACUUGGAUCCAAGCCUGAUUGCUUUCAAUCAGAAGGGAACAACCUCAGAUAUGUUGCUUCUGAGUUGGCCUCCGACAUCAUCAUUCAUAUUGGGGAUGUGAAGUUUUACUUGCAUAAGUUUCCUCUUCUGUCCAAGAGUGCUCAUUUGCAAAAGCUGGUUACAAACUCAAAUGAAGGGAACGGUGAUGAAGUGCACAUUCGUGACAUUCCCGGAGGGCACACUGCCUUUGAAAUAUGUGCCAAGUUCUGUUAUGGUAUGACCGUAACACUGAAUGCUUACAAUCUGAUUGCAGCACGGUGUGCUGCUGAGUAUCUGGAAAUGAAUGAAAAUGUCGAGAAAGGAAACCUCAUUUACAAGAUUGAUGUUUUCUUGAACUCGAGCAUACUUAAAAGCUGGAAGGAUUCGAUAAUAGUUCUUCAAACCACAAAAUCUCACUUGCCUAUGUGUGAGGAGUUGAAGUUGGUCGGCCAUUGCGUUGAAGCUAUAGCUUCCAGGGCAUCUAUUGAUGUUUCCAAGGUGGAUUGGUCCUAUACAUAUAACCGGAAAAAGAUUCACGAGGAGAAUAAUGACAUCGAUCCUAACUUUGAUGGUGCAAGAAGCCGGAUGGUGCCAAAGGAUUGGUGGGUUGAAGACUUGUCUGAACUUGAAGUAGAUACAUAUAAGCGCGUUAUUAUGAGUAUCAAGAACAAAGGGAUUGUCUCUGAUGAAGUCAUCGGAGAAGCUCUGAAAGCUUAUGCUUCGAGAAAGUUGCAAGGCUUUGGCAAGGGUGUCAUCCAGAACAACGAUGCUUCGAAGUAUCGCUCAAUAUUGGAUACAGUUGUGUGGCUUCUGCCUUCCGAGAAAGGUAGCAUCUCUUGUGGUUUCUUACUCAAAUUGUUGAAACUAUCCAUUUCACUCGAUUUAGGAGAACAUACCAAGGGCGAACUAGUUAAAAGAAUCGGACAUCAACUGGAUGAGGCCUCCGUGAAUGAUCUUCUGAUUCGAGCCUCAAAUGGGGACACAACCCUGUACGAUGUCCACGUUGUCCAGCAAAUGCUGAAAGAGUUUAUGUUGCGUGAUCAAGACUCUGAUGAAACUCCACUAGAAACUUGCGGUGAGAUCAACCAUGCUCGAAAGCCAGCAGGCAUUUUAUCCGAAGCAUCAAAACUGAUGGUGGCAAAGUUAGUAGAUGGGUACCUUGCUGGGAUUGCAGAAGACCCCAAUCUGCCCUCCACAACAUUUGUUGGUUUGGCCGAGAUGGUCUCAAGCUUUCCCCGCCCUUCUCACGAUGGACUUUACCGUGCAAUUGACAUGUACCUCAAGAGGCACCCUGGGAUCAGCAAGAGUGAGCGGAAGAGAAUAUGCAGGCUGAUGGACUGCAAAAAGCUCUCGGUAGACGCCUGCAUGCACGCUGUUCAGAACGAGAGACUCCCUAUGCGAGUCAUCGUACAGGUUCUGUUUUUCGAGCAAGUGAAGGCCAAUGGAGCAUCGUCUGGUUGCAGCACUCCCGAUCUUCCCAAAGCCAUCAAGGACCUCAACAGCACCUCGUACGGGAGCUCAAGAUCCGUGGCGACUAAUCCAGAAGAAGACUGGGACGCAGUAGCCUCUGCGGACGAGCUUAAAGCUUUGAGAGGCGAGCUGGCUGCGCUGCGAUUGGGGAAUACAAGUGCAGCGGAGAGAGUUAAGAGCACUAGUAAUGCUGACAAGGCGGCCAUUAGUAAAGUCAAGGGCUUGCUAAUGUCGAAAAGGAUCUUCUCGAGAAUGUGGUCAAGCAGCAAAGGCGGCGGAGGACAGGGCGGCGGGGAGAACAGCGGCUCGGAUUCAUCAGACAGCCUUGGCUCCACCAUGGAAGAAGCAAAAUCUUCACCUUUAAGAAAGGGUAGGCAUUCAGUUUCUUAGCAGCAUCAAUGUGUAGUUUCUUUGGGUGUUUUCUGGUUUUCCUUAUUAGUAUGUUAAUUAAGAAACUAGUUUUUGUCUUUGUUUUCCAAUCCACCAAAGAAUGAAGGAAACAACAGAUCAAAUAACCUUGUCUCUGUAGCCUGUAGGAUGGAUCAUGGAUGGCCUAAGCCUUUUGUUGUCGGUCCAACACCACAACUUUAUGUAUAGAGAGAUCUAGUCUUAUAGCUCUUCUGCCUCACUCUCAAAUAGUCAAAUUACUAUUAUGAAUUUUUCAA